AUGAGCCUCAUCGCGGAAUUUCUGACCAGCAUCCGCGGGUUCGUACAAACUCAAAAUGGUGACGAGCUCCGCAACUGGCUGCUCGUCGAGCCGAAUGUUGCCGCACAUUAUUAUGAGCUUGGGCAACAACUGAGGUCAACUUGUCCCCCUAAUUCUGACAAUAUCGAGAAGCUUGUUGAGAAGCAUCUGCCAGAAGAAGAUGACGUUCCAGAAGGACGAGGCUCGGCGUGGCCUGGCUUCAAUUCGUUCAUGGAGGAGUAUUUGAAGUACUGGCGCGAUGUAGACUUCAACGACAUCGUCAAACUUUAUGGCCGGCUCAGCGACCUGCUCAUAUCAUGUGCAAAUGCACUUGCUAAUCCAACAUAUGGCAUCAUGCUUCUACAAACCAGCAUGUCUCUCUCAGAGGCGCUCUCCAAGUUGGUGAUGAGCAUUACAAAGGAACCUCAUCUUAUGGCCCAGAUUCAGGGCGAUAUGACUGGCGAUGAAGCUGGCGAGAAGAAAUCGAUCGUCGAGCUUGCCGCAGAUAUCAUUCAAAAGAUCUUUACAUCGUGUCUCACAGAUCGAUCAACACUCUCCCUAUACCCGGCAUCACAACGCGUAACCUUUCUCUACUAUCUUGGCCGCUUCAACUUCGACCACGGCCAUUACAUGCGUGCCCACUGGUGCUUUGAAGAGGCCUACCGGCAAUGCCAUCCGCAAUUCCUCAAGCAUCGCCGACAGAUUCUGAUCUAUUGGGUUCCCUCGAACCUUCUCUUGGGACGUUUUCCCUCACAGAUGCUUCUCUCGCGGCCCGAGGCCGCCGGCUUCGGCGACAUCUUCAUACCAAUUUGCGCCGCCAUACGGACCGGCAAUUUCGUCGCCUUCCAUCAGGCCCUCAACGCCAGCAGAGACUGGCUCUGGGACCGUGGCCUCUACCUCACUCUUCUCUACCGUCUCAAACCGCUCGUCUGGCGCUCCUUUACGCGCAAGACGUUCCUGCUUACAUGGGAAGGCGCCACCGGAAACGAUCCUAACAUGAUGACCAACCGCGCCCCCGCCCUCUCCCUCGCCGACCUUGUGGUCACCGCCACCUAUGUUCAGAAGCUCCUCGAGGGCUACGUCCCCGUUGCCGCUGGCUCCUCCGCUCUCACUCUCGCCCCUCCCCCAGGCGGACAGCCGAAGCGGCUGAUGCCGUCGGAGGGCCUGAUCUUUGGAAACAAGCAACCGGAUCUCGACAGCAUGGAGUCGAUCGUCGCGGGCUUGGUCUACGCGGGCCUACUUAAUGGGUUCAUUGCUCGCCAACAAAAGAAGUUCGCGGUCGAGGGCGCCAAGCGCAAGGGCGGAAACGCGGUGGCGGCCGGUUGGCCGUGCCCGUAUGAGAGUAUCAUGGACCGGUUCAAGGAGGACUACGAGGAUGAGCUGGCGGCGGCGGAUGCGGGUGAGACGAACGAGCCACCUGGUGAAUUUGAAGAUGUACCGGGGUGGGUGAAAAUGGGUUGAUGAUGGGGUGUAAGAGGGAAGGUCCUUUAACAUGAAUAGGGAGGGACGAUUAUUGCUCUAUCAUUUCUCUUUUGCUUCUUCCUUUGCAAUCCUGCUAUAGAAAAGCCGACAUGACGCUAGACCGUAUCAGUAAGGUUGAAGCAUCACAUUUGUCCCA